AUGACAAAUAACAAGGCGUACUAUAGCAACUUAAAGCUUGUAGUAAAUAAGGGCGAAGAAGAAGAAAAGGAGGAAUUGGGGGGAGCGGCAAACAAUGUUGUUUAUAUUGGUAAUAUAGAUAAAAAUAUAAAAGAUGAUGAUAUCUUAAAAAUUUUAAAAAUUUUUGGAGUUUGUAAAUGGAAUAGACAAAGGAAUCCAUCAACAAAUGAGUUGAUGUCCUUUGGAUUUUGUGAAUAUAAUGAUCUGUAUGAAGUUUAUUUAUGUAUAAAUAUUUUAAAUAAUAUAAAAGUAGGUAAUAAAAAUUUAAAAGUUAAUUGUAAUGAUAAUUUGAAGAGUAAAUUUGAAUAUAUUGUUGACAUUUUAUAUGAAAAAAGAGAAGAAUUAAAAGAGGACAAACAGGUGGAGAAGGAAGGACGAGAAGAAAAAGAAAAAGACGAAGAAAGCGAAGAAAGCGAAGAAGACGGAGAAGACGGAGAAGACGAAGAAGACAAUAAUGCAUUACGAAAUGAAAAAAAAAAAAAAAAAAAAUUGAAAAAUAAAAUAUUAAAUGAUGUAAAAAUUAAUAUGAACCAUAAAAAAGUAAAUCUUUUAGCACUUAUCGAAAGUGUAAAUAAUGAAUAUGAAGAAAAGAAAAGAAAAGGAGAAAUUGUAGAAAAUAAUAUGAUCGAGGAAGAAAAAAAUUGUGGUACAAUAAAUAAUGGGGAAGAAAAUGAUAAAGAAGGUAGUACCAAUCAAGACAAUCCCAACAUUUUUAAUGAUAUAAAUAUAAAAAAUGAUAAUACGAAUUUUAUGAACAACAGGUUGCACAUAAAUAAAGAGGAUGAUAAGAACAAUAUUAAGGGGAAAAUAAAUUCUCAUCCAUUUUUAUAUAACAAUGAAAACAAUGAUCAUGAUCAGAUAAAUGAACAUGAAGGUCUAAAGGAAAACGGCUCUUCGCCAUGUAUUAGUGCAAGAUGUAACAAUGUAAGUAGAGAAUGUAUAGAAGAGACAAAAUAUUUAAGCAAAGAUUAUAAAGUACAUUGGAGAGAGAAAGAAAGAAAACAAAAAAUAGAAAACAAAGAAAAAGAUUUAGAAAAAGAUUUUUAUAAAAGGGAAAAAGAAUGGUUAGAAUUAGAAGAACAAAUUAAAAAAGAUACAUACAGAGAAUGGAAUAAAUUCAUGCAAGUAAAAAAAAAAGAUAUUGCUAAACUUAUAGAAUUAGAUUUAAAAGGAGAAAGUGAUAAUUCUUCUAUUUCUAAUUCUAAAAAAAGAGAAAUUAGAAAGUCGAAAAGGGAAAAGGAAAAAGAGUUAGAUGAACUGGAUCGGUUAAAUGAGUUAAAAGAAAUUGAUGAAAUGAAAAGAAAAGAAGAGUUACAUCACUACUGGGAGAUACAAAAAGGAGUAGAAGAAGGACAACUGAAAAAAAUAAAGGAAAAUGAGCAGGUUAAAGAAAGGGAAGAAGAAAGAGAGCAACAGGAAGAGGAAGAAAAAGAGAAAGAGAAGGCGAAGGAGAAGGAGAAAGAGGAACAACAAGCAAACGUGGAUCAAGAAAUUAAACACAAUAAAGACAAUCUCGCUACAAUUCAGAGUAAAUUGAAGAAGGGUAGCAUCCUUAUGAAUGCGCUUUCAUAUGUUUUGGAUCAUGGUAGUGGAAAAGUAGAAGAACAAAACGGCACAGUGACCAACGAUGAUAAAAAAAAAAAAAAAGAUAAGCAUUCCGAUGAGAAGAAUGAGGAGUGCAUGGAUAAAGAGCCCAGUGAGUACAGAGGUGAAACUGUUCAGUGCAUGCCAAAAAUGAUGGGUGAAGACAACACGAUAAGGGAAAAUAAUAAUAGCGGAAGGAAUAGCAGCGAUAGAAGCAGCAACAUGAGUAGCAAUUUAAGCGGCAAUAGUGCACGCGAGGAGGUCCAAAAAAAAAGUAAGGAAAAUGAGGGAAGCACAAACAAAAGAAAAAUUGUAAGUUUGGAGCAUAUAAAUAUAAAAGUAAAUGAUAAAAAAAAAAAAAAAAAGGUAACUGAGUUAGAACAUUCAAGUAAAAUUAAUAACACGCAAUUAUUGAAUAUAUUUGAUACAAAUGUUGAAGAUGAACUGUAUACAAAAAAACAUCAACCGUUAUCUAAGUUAGACAAACAUUUAGAUAAGAAAAAUCAAGAAGAAGAAAGAGUUAAGACAUUUGAAAUUAUUGAAAAUUCUAAAAAAAUAUUAGACAAGGUACCUUCAACUGAAGAGGAGAUUUUUAAUUUCCCUAUUCAAUGGAAUGUAUUAAAUUUAAAAGAUAAUAUUAGUACUAAAUUAAAACCAUGGAUUUAUAAAAAAAUUACAGAGUAUAUAGGAACAGAUGAAAAAGAAAUCAUUGAGGAAAUUAGUAAUUAUUUUGUUGAGCAAAUUUUAAAAGAAACCGCACCAAAGGAUAUGGUAGUUGAGGCAGAAAAAUUUCUAGAUUCAGAUGGAAAAAAAUUUAUUCUGAACAUGUACAGACUUAUCAUAUUUGAGCAACUUAAAAUAGCAGAUAACCUGUAG